GUUGCCAUGCUCCGCCCCCGGGCUGGGCUGUGUCUGGCUGAGUCUGAGCUGCAGCCCGAGCUGUAGACACCCGGCGGGCGAGGAGCCGGAACUCAGCCCUGCAACAUCAAACAGCUGCUCUGCUCAGCAUCCCCACAGCACUGCUACCCCCCCCAUCCACUCACACUACCUCUCAGGGUGGCCGCUGGGGAGGGAUUACGCUCCUUCUGUCUGUCAUCCCCGGCACCAAAGUGAUUUGCGGCUGUUGCCAGUGUUGCUCCCGGUAACAUGAACGUCCUGUUUUCUCUGUUGACCCCGGCACAUUCACGGGAGGUGUCUGUGAAGAGAAUGGCGUAGAGCCGGCACACAAUUUGAGAAAUAGAUACUACUUAACAAUCAAAAAAUAAUUUCAAAAAGGAAAUACAUAAACUUCUUGGUUAAAUCGAGAUAUAUAUAUAUAUAUAUAUAUAUAUAAAAACAAUAAAAUGGCUAACAAUUCUACAGAUCAUCACCCCGCCAACUCUGUGAAUGAGGGCAGCUAUGAGGGGGACUUUGGCUGCAGUGUGGAGGAUUUGCGUCUCCUCAUGGAACUGCGGAGUGGGGAGGCAGUCACCAGGAUAAAUGACACAUAUGGUGGGGUUCCUAACAUAUGUCGCAGACUCAAGACCUCCCCUGUUGAAGGAUUAUCUGGAAACCCAUCGGACCUGGAAAAGAGGCGACAAAUAUUUGGCAAAAACUUUAUUCCCCCAAAGAAAGCCAAAACCUUCCUGCAGCUGGUAUGGGAGGCACUGCAGGACGUAACAUUAAUCAUUUUGGAAAUUGCAGCCAUAAUAUCAUUGGGUCUAUCCUUCUACCACCCAACUGGGGAAGGUAGUGAAUUGUGUGGUGAGGUCUCAGCAGGAGUCGAAGAUGAGGGUGAGGCUCAAGCAGGCUGGAUCGAAGGUGCAGCCAUCCUUUUCUCAGUCAUUAUUGUGGUCCUGGUCACCGCGUUUAACGACUGGAGCAAAGAAAAGCAAUUCCGAGGCCUGCAGAGUCGAAUUGAGCAGGAGCAGAAAUUUACUGUCAUUCGUAAAGGCCAAGUCAUACAAAUCCCUGUGGCAGAACUGGUGACUGGAGAUAUUGCACAGAUUAAGUACGGUGACCUUUUGCCUGCCGAUGGUGUUUUGAUCCAGGGUAAUGACCUGAAAAUUGACGAGAGUUCACUAACUGGGGAAAGUGACCAGGUGAAAAAAACCCUCGAAAAAGAUCCCAUGCUACUAUCAGGCACCCACGUUAUGGAAGGGUCUGGGCGAAUGGUUGUCACCGCUGUUGGUGUCAACUCUCAGACCGGUAUAAUCUUCACCCUCCUUGGGGCAAACGAGGGUGCGGAGGAAGAGAAGAAAUCAAAAAAAGGUAAAAAACAAGGACCUCCAGAAAAUCGCAACAAAGCCAAAGCUCAGGAUGGUGUAGCUCUUGAGAUCCAACCUCUGAAAAGUGAGGAGGGAGUUGAUAGCGAAGAGAAGGAGAAGAAAGUGGUGAAGGUGCCAAAGAAGGAAAAAUCUGUCCUGCAAGGAAAGCUGACCCGUCUAGCAGUGCAGAUUGGAAAAGCAGGUCUCAUCAUGUCUGCCAUUACGGUGAUUAUUCUGGUCCUGUACUUUGUCAUUUACACCUUUGGAGUGUUGGGUCGCCCUUGGCUGGCAGAAUGUACUCCCAUCUACAUUCAAUAUUUUGUCAAGUUUUUCAUCAUCGGAGUCACUGUGCUUGUUGUUGCUGUCCCAGAGGGUCUGCCUCUUGCAGUCACCAUUUCCCUUGCCUACUCUGUCAAGAAAAUGAUGAAGGACAAUAACCUUGUGCGUCAUCUGGAUGCCUGUGAAACCAUGGGUAAUGCAACAGCUAUUUGCUCAGACAAGACAGGCACUUUGACUAUGAACCGUAUGACCGUAGUUCAAGCAUAUGUGGGUGGCACCCACUAUCGGCAGAUUCCCGAUCCUGAAGCAUUGGAUGCAAAAGUACUGGAGCUGAUGGUCAACGGCAUUUCUGUCAACUCAGCCUAUACAUCAAAGAUCUUGCCCCCUGAGAAGGAAGGAGGUCUUCCCCGUCAGGUGGGUAACAAAACAGAAUGUGCCUUGCUAGGCUUUGUGUUGGACUUGAAGCAGGAUUACCAGGCUGUUCGCAACGAGAUUCCCGAGGAAAAACUGUACAAGGUUUAUACCUUUAACUCUGUACGCAAAUCCAUGAGUACAGUGCUACGCACUCCAUCAGGUGGAUUCCGGAUGUACAGCAAAGGCGCUUCAGAAAUCAUCCUGCGCAAAUGUACACGUAUCCUUGACCAAGGAGGAGAGGUCUGUGUUUUCAAGGCAAGAGAUCGGGAUGAGAUGGUAAAGAAGGCCAUAGAACCAAUGGCAUGUGAUGGAUUACGUACAAUCUGUCUGGCAUUCCGAGACUUCCCUGCAGGUUCAGAGCCUAACUGGGACAGUGAAUCGGACAUUUUAUCUGAACUUACCUGUAUCACAGUAGUGGGCAUUGAAGACCCUGUCCGGCCUGAGGUCCCUGAUGCCAUCCUGAUGUGUCAACGUGCCGGUAUCACUGUGCGCAUGGUAACUGGGGACAAUAUCAAUACAGCCCGUGCUAUAGCUACCAAAUGUGGUAUCCUUCAGCCUGGUGAAGACUUCCUGUGCCUGGAGGGAAAAGAAUUCAAUACUUUGAUCCGGAACGAAAAGGGAGAGGUUGAGCAAGAGAAGUUGGAUAAAGUGUGGCCUAGAUUACGUGUUCUGGCUCGAUCGUCACCUACUGAUAAGCAUACUUUGGUAAAAGGCAUAAUUGACAGCACAGUAGAAGAGACAAGACAAGUAGUAGCAGUGACAGGAGACGGUACCAAUGACGGACCAGCACUUAAGAAGGCAGAUGUUGGAUUCGCUAUGGGCAUUGCUGGCACAGAUGUGGCAAAAGAGGCUUCAGACAUCAUCUUGACGGACGAUAACUUUACGAGCAUUGUGAAAGCAGUCAUGUGGGGUCGCAAUGUAUAUGAUAGCAUUUCCAAAUUUCUGCAGUUUCAGCUGACUGUUAAUGUGGUGGCAGUGAUUGUGGCAUUCACCGGAGCAUGUAUCACCCAGGAUUCUCCACUAAAGGCUGUACAAAUGCUGUGGGUCAACCUGAUCAUGGACACAUUUGCAUCUCUGGCCCUCGCAACAGAACCUCCUACUCAGUCACUGCUCCUACGCAAACCAUAUGGACGCAACAAACCACUUAUCUCUCGCACCAUGAUGAAGAACAUACUAGGACAUGCUGUAUAUCAACUGACUAUCAUCUUCACUCUGCUUUUUGCAGGUGAGACGUUUUUCGACAUUGACAGUGGAAGGAAUGUACCCCUACACUCACCACCUUCAGAGCACUACACUAUCGUCUUCAACACGUUUGUUAUGAUGCAGCUCUUUAAUGAGAUCAAUGCUCGCAAGAUACAUGGAGAGCGCAAUGUCUUUGACAGUAUCUUCCGUAACCCCAUCUUCUGUGCAGUGGUACUGGGUACUUUUGGGGCACAGAUCAUAAUUGUAGAAUUUGGAGGAAAGCCAUUCAGCUGUUCAGGCCUCACUCUGUCUCAGUGGUUCUGGUGCAUAUUUAUUGGAGUUGGAGAGCUGCUUUGGGGUCAGUUGAUUUCUUCAGUCCCCAACAGCAGACUCACGUUUUUGAAAUCUGCUGGUCAUGGUCCAAUGAAAGAAGACAUUCAGCAUGAGGAGCUCCAAGACGGCACGGAUGAGAUAGACCAUGGAGAGAUGGAGCUAAGGAGAGGCCAAAUCUUAUGGUUCAGAGGUCUGAACCGCAUACAGACGCAGAUGGACGUAGUUUAUACAUUCCAGACCGGCGGUACCUCUUUACAAGGGGCUUUGAGGCGCCAGCCUUCCACCAUUAGCCAGCACAUCGAUGCUAAACAUGUCUCUAGCCCAACACAUAUUAAAGUGGUGAAUGCGUUCCGCAGCUCCCUGUAUGAGGGGCUGGAGAAGCCACAGAACCGCAGUGCCAUCCAUAGCUUCAUGACUUACCCGGAGGCGGGAUCUGCCCCCUCGCUCACAGACAGCGACAGCGAGGGUGAGGAAUCUCGGGGUCUCCUUAAAGGACACAACGACCAGUCGCACAACCAUAACAACAACUCCUCUACAGAACAGCGUCCACUGGAUAUCACAGUGUCGCCAUAUGAAAGCCCCAUGCACAGCGUGGAGACCUCUAUUUGACACCAAACUUAAAGCCCUCCGCAGCUGGGUAUCUCUGAGGUCACCGCUCCCACCCCUGCUGUCCUGUUCUCUCGCUACCCUUUCCCCAUUACAUCUCAGUCAUCCACUCAUUCUCAUCGGAUUCAGAGCCAAAUGCAGACUUUCUUCAUACAAUAUGCCACAUGUCAAAUUCAGCAAGACUUAAAUGAACACAUAUAGACCACUUUUUGUUUUCUUCUCACGUGUACCAUCCCACACUUUGUCUAUAUGUGCACACUGCUUCAAAGUUCGCAACAAUCAUGUACCAUAUUUUCUGUAAAAAUACAAUAACAAAAAAUACCGCUAUUAACAGUAUUCAUUCAAACAUUAACACAGAGCAGAGAGUAAGAAAGCAAUUACAGUAUAAAUUCACUUACCAAUUCUGUGUAUCUGUAAAAAUAGUCUCUUCUCGUACAAUCAUUGCAUUCUAUUUCUCACUAAUACUACAGCCAUAAGGUACAACAAAAAUAUAUUUUACGUGUAUUGCAACCUUCAAGAAUAGUCACGCAAAUGAUCUUCUUAAUACUCAAGUAUUUGAUCAUGUAUUCCUUUUUACAUCUAUUUACACUUGCUCUUGUUAAUAUGUUCAUAGUCCGCGCAUGAGUGUUUUUUUCCUCUAUACCGUUCAACUCUGUUUGUCCUUCUUGUCUUGUAUGUAUGCAUGUAAUAGCGCUGCUUUUCCUAACUCUUGUCUCCUGAAAACACUAAACCCCUGCUUGUUCCUCUCCCACUGUAACCCCCCCAUCCUGUGCCAAUGACAAUGGAGCUGGGAAAGGGAUCCUAUUUCCAGUCAAAGUGUGCCACACCUUAUUGCUUCAUCCAACAAUGGCGCAUAUUGCACCUGUCUUCCACUUGUAGGAUGCUUCACCCCUCACCCCCCAAAAGCCACCCUUUUGUCGCUGAGCUGUGUACUUCUGCAGCCUCCCAAACUGCCACAUAUCGCCAGACAUCAAGGAGUCAAAACUGUGCAAUAUUGCCUUCCUGCCCCAGUACCAGUUUUUGACUGGGAGAAGAUAGGGGGUUGGGAAAUGUGUAACAUUUCAUUGAAAGAGGGUUACACUGCCAGAUAUGAUGCAGGACAUGUGUGCAAGGUGUUUUAUGUAUGCAUAUAUAGAUGAAACAAAAUUCUACACAUGCACCAACACAUAUACAUGGUUUACAAUCACUGUUCCUGAAAGAGGGCUAAUGAAAUUCUGACCUGUAGUUUUUGGGAGGGGACAUUACUUACUGCUGAUGCCCUUCACCUACCUACACAGAACAUUUGGAAAGGACACCAUGUAACUGGAGAAAAAAAAGUCAAAAAUGUUGAGCUCCUAAUGUAUAUCAAAAAUAAUUAGAGUUGGUCACUGCCAUGAUUUAUUUUUGAAUUUUGUAUUUGACAGGGCUGUUUGCCCAAACAGUACACGCAUUCUGCACAUGUAAAGGUAAUGGGCAGUUCAGUUAUGAUCCUUUUUUUUUUUUCUCUUUUCUAAAUUGUGUUUUAAGAAGAAAAAAAAGCUGAAACGUUUUAGACUUCUUCCGUCUUCUAAUGUUGGCGAGCAAUGUGUGUGCAAACUAACCUUUUUCACUGCCAGAGGGGGGCCAUGCAACUUGAAACAAACGGGGUUAAAAUAUACCCCUCCAGCUAUGUGAGUUGUCUUUUUAUCCCUGUCUUGUGCCUUCUUACAGACCGUGCACAACUCUUAAUUUAAGUGUUCCUUAAAAGUAGGGCAAUAGUAAUCGUUACAGUAAGACACAUCUUUGCCACUCCUUACAGCUAUUAUUGCUAGAAGCCCCCACCCAAAUUUCUUUAAUUGGUGGUCACACUUUGGUCUCCAGUUGUCACCAACACUAGAUCCAAAUGAUGUCAGUGCUUGGGUUGUUCGGAAGACCCUUAUAUGAUGGGAUAGAUAAGCCAUGAAUAAGACAUAGGGAUAGAUUUAUUUUGACAUUGCCUAAUAAGUGUGCAUUAAACAAUCAUUCCAGUGAAUAAGCUUUACAGGUUUAUUAACAAUGCAUUUUGUUUAACAAAUCUGGUGUUUGUUUUGGCCACCGUCUAUUUAAGUAUCCCCUUUCUCCUGGCCAUUCAGGGGACACAAAAUCUAAAGCCUUGUUGUUACCAUUAACCCUAACACUUAUCAAGGAACCUGUGAUGCAUAGCAGAAUGCUUAGCUAAUUGUUAUUGCUGGUAUUGCAAGGAUUUGCCGUCUUCUCUAUUGCAGCUAAGAGGCUUACUACUCAAAACCGAUAAGCCGUGGAUUUAUAAAAUAGAAUUGCCAAAGUAAAAGCCAGCAAUUCCUUUGACAGAAAGCCUGACAGUAAAGGAAAUUGGGAACAUGUCAUUCUAGUACUCUCAGCAUGGAAUGCAUAAGACCAGAAGAAUUGGGAAAUAGUCUAAGUUUCGUAUACUUUAAACCUCUAAAGAGUUAACGGUGUGAAUAAUGUACAGCUGUAUGAGCAAAAUCUAGAGGCGUGUAUUACAGGCCACCUUGCAGAUUCUAGGGUUAGUUAGAAAAACUAUAUAUAUAUAUAUAGAUACUAGUAUAUUUAUAUUAUCUUUUGGGGUUUUGUUUUUUAAAGCAUUUAUAAGUAGUACUGCUUAUAUUUUGUUUAUUUUGGGGUUUGUUUUGGUUGGUAUUUUUUUGUUUUUUUUUUAGGUUUUAAUAUGUUGGUGCUGUGUGCACAGAGCAUUUGAAAGUGACCAGCAGCCAAUUGGAUUGGUAUAAAAAAAAGCCAAUAUUGUAUCUUUUGUUUCUCAUAGCCGGCAGCUCCACGCUUUAUUGAUGUGAAGCUGCCACACAGAAAUGUGUUUUUUUUUUAUACAUACAUAUAAAUAUAGAUAUAUAAAUUAUGUUCAUAUAUGGCAGGUUAACCUGCAGUGUACGCUUUUUAUGUGCAAAUUUUUUUUAUGUAAAAUAGUUUUUCUAUUUUGUUCAGUGUUGCGUACACAACAGACUUCGGCGUUUUUUGGGUUGUCGGGAGGUGGGAGGGCUGUUUUGGGGAAUGUAAAAGAUUUAAAAAGAAAAAAAAAAGUUUUUAUUGUUAUGAGCACUAAGACUUUCAAUGCCAAAGAUGUUUCUCCACAUGCUGCCAUGGAAAUGAAAGUGGAAGUCUCUGACAUUAAAGUCUUUGCAGUGCUAGCACUAGUCUUACAAAUAGGAAGUGCCAUGUUGGGCAGGGACGUUAGGUGAGCCCCAUCCUGUACUAUGCACUGUGCGUGGAUGCUUACAAAGCUUGCUUCAGGAUGGGUUAUGUAGAUUUGCCAACAACAACACACCAAUAUCUUUCAACAUUCCAAUCACACAAAAUGCAAUCCCUUUUCUGGCCACAAGUCAAACAAUCGUUCUGACAAUAGAAACAUGACUUGCUGACCAUUUUUGGCUAUCAGAGGGAGUUUUGAGUGGCUUUUAGAUCUGCCUCAUUAUGCUUAAGCCAGAGGCAGAUGUUUUAACCGAACAGGAGAAAGUCUUAAGGCUGAAACACUACCCACUAACAUAUUCAUAUACGUUCUUAAGAUGCUAUGCCAGGGAUCGCAGCAUAAUUUAGCAUUUACUGCUACUGUGACUAAUGCUGAAUCAUACUGCAAUAUGCACCUUGUGACUACCAAUGCUGUUUUCCAUUCAAUGCUAUAGUUUAUGGUCUGGUUUUGCUAUUUUAUUGUCGUGUUUCCAGAGCAUAGGCUUAAUAAUUGGAAGAAAUGCUGGCCCUGUCACAUUUACUUUUGCAUUAAUUCUAACUUGGCUAUAGCACCUUCAUUGUACACUUUUAGUCUAAUUUUUUUUUUUUUUUUUGAGCAUGUUAUUUCUCAUAAAUCUGCCUGGUAGAUCUCAAGAAAAAAAGGCAUGUAACUUAAUUCUUAAGUAAAUGAAAAUUAAAUCUACCGUUUCUUCAGAAAGGAGUUGCAUCAUUUUCUGGAUAUAAAUAAGAUGUUUGCAAGAAAAUAAUGACUUGGCAGAGAACACACACACAGCUGAUUGUGUAGUUUCAUCUACCAUAUUUCCCUAUACCUGUUGUUGCCCCAAAUAUAGAAAACUAAUCUCCAAAUCAUAGUUCACAAAUCGUGUAACCAUAUCCCCUCCCUCCCCCAGAGAGAGCAUGCCUUAUUAAACUUGGGUUUCAAAACAUGUUUUAAUUUUUCUUUCAGUACCUGGUUAAAUUAAGCACUGUUAUUUUGUAUAAAACUGACUGAAUCAAUGCGUUUUGUGGUGUGCAUGAUAUUAAAGAAAUAGUGAUUUUU